AAAAUUGAAUUACACAGUGAAAUUUCCUUAUUUCCAUAUGUGUAGAACGCUGAUCCGUAGCACGGAGAAAUUAUUGAUUUUUCCGAGACUACAUAUAUAUCCAUCUCUUUUUAGUGGUCAAAUCAAUCAAAUCAAAUACUUUUUGAAACAUGCGUUUCACGAUAGAUGGUUUACCAGUUUAUUUUCCUUAUGACAAAAUAUAUCCUGAACAAUAUGCUUAUAUGUCGGAUCUGAAAAAAGCCCUUGACGCUGAAGGACAUUGUGUACUUGAAAUGCCAUCAGGGACUGGUAAAACAGUAUCAUUAUUGUCCUUAAUCGUAGCAUAUCAAAUGCAUUACUCUGAAAAACGAAAAUUAAUAUAUUGCUCAAGAACAGUACCAGAAAUUGAAAAAGCAUUAGCAGAACUUCAAAUCUUAAUUGAAUAUCGGAAAUCCCAGGGUGUGGAAGAAUCAUUUUUAGGAAUCGGAUUAACUUCAAGAAAAAACCUUUGCUUACACCCUACAGUUAGUCAGCAAAAAUGGGGAAAAGUGGUUGACGCUAAAUGUAGAAAUUUAACUGCUUCUUGGGUGAGAGACAAAUCUAAAUUCGAUUCAAACGUAGAACUGUGUGAUUUUUAUGAGACAUUAGAAAAGCAUGAUCCAAAUGAAUUAUUGAUGGAUGGUGUUUAUACGUUAGAAGAUUUGAGAGUUUUUGGUAAAGAGAAGUGUUUUUGUCCAUAUUAUUUAGCUAGGAGAGUGAUUCCAUUUGCAAAUGUUGUAAUAUAUAGUUAUCACUAUUUACUUGAUCCGAAAGUUGCUGAGUUAGUUUCAAAAGAGUUGUCUAAAAAUUGUAUAGUGGUUUUUGACGAAGCACAUAACAUUGAUAAUGUAUGUAUAGAAUCAUUAAGCAUUGAUCUUACAAAGCCUAAUCUGGAUGCAAGUGCAAGAAGUAUUGCUAAGCUAUCAGAGAAAAUCGAUGAAGUUAAAGCUAAAGAUUCCGAAAGAUUAAAAGAUGAAUAUACAAAGCUAGUUGAAGGAUUAAGAGCUGCUAGAGAAGCUAGAGAUGAAGAUACUUUCAUGUCAAAUCCAGUGUUGCCCGAUGAUUUGCUCACAGAAGCUAUACCUGGAAAUAUUCGAAAAGCAGAACAUUUUAUUGCUUUUCUUAGAAGGUUUAUUGAAUAUAUAAAAACAAGAAUGCGAAUACAGCAUGUCGUUGCAGAAACUCCUAGUUCAUUUCUUCAACAUUUAAGAGAAUUAACUUUUAUUGAGGCGAAACCCUUGAGGUUUUGCAGCCAAAGAUUAACUUCGUUGAUUCAUACAUUGGAAUUAUCGGACCUUGAUGAAUAUUAUGCAUUACAUAAAGUUGCAGCUUUUGCAACUCUUGUGGCCACAUAUGCUACUGGUUUUUUGCUGAUUUUGGAACCUUUUGAAAAUGAAACUGUCCCGAAUCCUAUACUUCAUUACGCAUGUCUAGAUGCUUCUAUAGCAAUAAAGCCUGUAUUUGAGAGAUUUAAAACUGUAGUAAUAACAUCGGGAACAUUAUCACCACUUGAUAUGUACCCUAAAAUGUUAUCAUUUCAACCAGUUGUACAAGAAAGUUAUUCAAUGACACUUACUAGAAAUUGUUUCUUACCCUUAGUUAUUACAAGAGGAAGUGACCAAGUUGCAAUAAGUUCAAAAUUUGAAGUUAGAAAUGAUCCAGCCGUAGUAAGAAAUUUUGGUCAAAUUUUAGUUGAAUUUUCUAAAAUCGUGCCAGAUGGAAUUGUGGCAUUUUUUCCAAGUUAUUUAUAUAUGGAAUCUAUUGUCUCUAUGUGGAAUGAUAUGGGAAUAUUGAAUGAAACAUGGAAACAUAAAUUAAUAUUUGUAGAAACACCGGAUGCAGCAGAAACAAGUCUUGCACUGGAAAAUUAUAGAACCGCAUGUGAUAAUGGACGUGGAGCAAUAUUAUUAUCUGUUGCUCGUGGUAAAGUAUCAGAAGGUAUAGAUUUUGAUCAUAACUAUGGACGUGCUGUAAUAAUGUUUGGUGUUCCUUAUCAGUAUACCGAAAAUAGAAUAUUAAAGGCAAGAUUGGAGUUUUUAAGAGAGAAUUAUCGAAUACGAGAAAAUGAUUUUUUGACUUUUGAUGCCAUGCGCCAUGCAGCUCAAUGCGUUGGUAGAGUAUUAAGAGGGAAAACAGAUUAUGGGCUUAUGAUAUUUGCUGAUAAGCGAUUUGGAAGAACAGAUAAAAGAAAUAAGUUACCAAAAUGGAUAAAUCAAUAUAUAACUGAUUCUGCAACUAAUUUAUCAACAGAUAUGUCAUUGGAUAGAGCUAAAAAAUUCUUAAGAUCAAUGGCACAACCGUUUGAUGAUCAAAGAGGUGUUAGUUUAUGGACAUUAGAAGAUAUUAUUGCUAAACAACGUAAUCCUAGUAGUCAUUUAAAUAAUAAUUUUGGUGGACGAAUGAUACAAGGUUAAAUAUGACUUAAUAAAUAAUAAUAAGGGACUUUAGUAGAUUUAUUAAUCACAUACAUAAGAAUAUUCGAAACUCUAAUUUUAACAUAAUAUUUUUUAAAAAGAUUCAAGGUAGUAAUAAUAAUAAUAUUAAUGUAAUAGUUUAAAUUCGAUAAUUGAAAUUCUUGAAGUGGGUAAUUUUUAUCAUAUUUCUCUUGUUAAAUUAACAAAUUAGAUGUUUUCUAAUA